CACACUGGUAACGUCUACUGAGCUGUCACAAAAUCCAUUUGUUUGCGUGUUCAAUACUUUAUUAAACCCCGAUAGCCGGCACUUAUUGGCUAAUUCAAGCUCUACAUAGACUGACAGAUUAAGCACACAGGACGCCAUGCAGCACUCGCUACUCCUGGCCGGGCUUGCACUUGUCAGCAGCAUAUUCAGCGGAGCCGCUACGCAAACCAACGUGGUGACCUGCGGCUCCAUACUGAAGCUUCUGAACUCGGACUACGCCUUCCGCCUGCACUCCCACGACGUCAAGUACGGCUCUGGAUCCGGCCAGCAAUCGGUGACGGGCGUGGAACAGAAAGAGGAUGUGAACAGCCACUGGGUGGUCAAGGCUCAGACCGGUGAGCAGUGCGAGCGAGGAGAGCCCAUUGCCUGCGGCUCCACCGUGCGACUGGAGCACCUGACCACCAAAAAGAACCUGCACUCGCAUCACUUCUCAUCGCCGCUCUCCGGCGAACAGGAGGUGUCUGCCUAUGGCACUGACGGCCACGGCGACACUGGUGACCAUUGGGAGGUGGUGUGCUCCAACGACAGCUGGAUGCGGGACGCCCAUGUCCGACUGCGCCACAUCGACACGGGCCUGUACUUGGCCAUGUCGGGUCGCUCCUACGGCAGACCUAUCUCCGGCCAAAUGGAAAUUGUGGGCGUGCACAAGCCCCAACAUGGAACGCGUUGGACCACGGCGGAAGGUCUGUUUAUCGUGCCCAAAGAGAAGAGCUCCACACACGACGAUUACGCCCAUACGGAGCUGUAGUAGAGCUGUGAGGCUCCUCGACUGCACCAUCUGGCGCCGCAUCCUAAUGUUAGUUCUGUAACUUAUAAUUUAGUUGAAUUUUAUGUGAAGCGAUAAAGAAGCAGUUCAUUUUGUAUUAGUCCAACGGAAAACAAAACAAACCAACAAAUUAAAAUUAUUUAAAAAAGAA